ACGAAGAAUAUUGCUCUUUGCAUUCUGGAUCCAUUUUGUAUAAUGUCUAAUUGCCAAUAGCACUGAACGUUUUUUUUUGUCAGUGAUCAUUAUCAUCAUGGCGUCCUUACAAACAACUGCCGACUCGAUUCGGACCGCUGUUACAUCAGCAUCAACAUGUUCACCCGCGACAGUUACCAUACUCAACGAGCUCUUAUUACCGAAAUCAGAGGCCCAAAAUACGACCGGGACGACUGCGAAGAAACCAGUAAAAGCUACCGCUGCUUCAAAAACCAAACCGGCCAGGACAUCCGCAGCAAAGACGAGGACGAAGAAAAGUGUCGCGGAGACGGAAGUUCACGAAGAUGGAGAGCAAUUAUCACCGAAAGAGAGAUCAAUUCUGGCGACGGAGGUCAUCAAUGCCACCCUCAAAUCCCUAAGUGAAGCAAUCAAAACUCCUGCGCCAGCAACCGUUCGACGACAAGCAUCCUCGAAAGACUUAGUAAAAUCAUCGGCCAGAAAAGCACUUCGACGAUCCAAUUCCCUGCCUCAGUCACCAUUACAACCACGGUCACUGAAUCGAGUCACAAGUUCUCCAGAUAUAUCGUCCCGGCAUAGCAGAUCUUCUUCCUCGGCUUCAAUAACUUCGUCUGGACACAGGUCGGUCGGUGAAUGCGCCAGGAUAGCGUUCUCGUGUCUGCGGACUUUACAAGCUGCCAAAACGCCUGGGGUAGAUCUGCCGCCUCUUCAACUUGAGAAUGGAAUGUCUGUGUUGGUUGGAAAAUUGGUAUCUUUGGGAUUGGACGAUUUAGCGAUCAAGGAAUUGAGGAUAUUGAAGAGACGAUUGGAUCCUGUAGAUGGAGUGAAGAAGGGAUCGGCGAAGGCAACUACAGCACCAGUAGCGCAAACAUUGGCCGAAUUGUUAGACUUUAGAAAGGCGGAAUUUACUGGAGCAAAACUUGGUCUUGUCAUCACUACUCAGCUACAGGUGCUGCGACUCAUGACUUCUUGCCGGAAACCGAAGAUUAUCGAAGAUGGAUUUGGGAUUUUGCACACCGAGCAUUCCUCAUCACCAACACGAUUACUCCUCCUAGCAGCCAAGGACUCUAAGGACCAGAAGCAGACGGAUAAGAUCGUUAGACAGAUGCAGACACUUUCGGAAAUCCUCCUAUCACUCUGCCCCAGCAUUUCUACAGCCGAUGAUGCACUUGCUUUGGAGAGUCGGCUCAGUGUAUCUCCCGAAAUCUCGAUCCAAGUACAAACUCUGGCUCUACACAAUAGAUAUCUCUGGUGGGGCCUUGCAGGACACAAAGGCGACCAAUCCAAGGAAAUCCUCGACCCAUUUCUACGAUGUCUAUCUGCCUUCGCGCGUCGCAACCAGAGCGGCGCAUUGAAGACUUAUCAAGUAGCUUCUCUGGCUAUGACAGGCAUCCAUACGUUAAUAUCGGACUGUUCAGAUUCCCGACCACGUGCACUGAGGACGACUCUAGCCGGUAUAUUCAGGUUGCUGAGUUCGCUCUCGAAAGAGGCGGAUGUUAUGAAGGAAGCCGUCAAGUGGACUUUGGAAUGGCAGAAAACACUUGAUCCGAGUGUUGACUCGGACGCCAAACGUUGUUCUGUGCUGGCAAGAUUGGUUGCGUUGAAGCUUAGAGACCCUUCCAGUGACCCCAAAGAUGAAGAAUCAUUACUUUCCCUAUUGGAAGAACUGGAACGACCAUUCAAAGGAGAAUCAUCAGAAAUUGAUGAGUUGAUGACCGAGAUCUCUGGAGUGAGACGAUCUGCUAUAUCUGUAAUUGCUCAGUGCAGAGCCGGGGCAAGUUCAGAUGGUCAAUUGUCGGAUGGUAUGCGUCAGAUGUGUGAGCCGGUAGUGUUACUCCUGCCACGAUUGUCUCUCAGGUAUCUUGGAAACCAACCAGACGUCAAGUCUGCCACCAAGGACAUACUUCGAUACGAGCAAAGGAGGCAAUUCAUCACCAAGUCGGCUCUUCAUGCUAUCGACUCGGCACUGUUCCUUGUGAAAUUGCUGGUAGGAGAAGGUCGAGCAACGUGGGAAUUGGUGGAUUCGAAACUACAGGACUGUUUGUUACUCAGCGACCGACUUGAUCCGAGUUCUGGUGAUGUCGUUGUUUACGAUGGAUCAAGCUCAGCAUCAUAUCAUGUCAGGAUAUCCAACCUUUACUACACUCAAUACCUCAACAUGCGACGGAAUCCAGAAGGUGUUAAGGACGGUCAACAAAUGCGAGCCUUACGUAGGUCCAUUGAUAGUAUUCGUCAGAGAUCUCAGCAAGAGCGGAGGAUGGCUCAAUUCUCGACGAAACUCGAGCGGAUGGCAGAAUACUGCAAGACAACAGCCCGUUAUGAUGAGCUAUUCCAGACCCUCCAGACACUACGGGACGAGCUAAUCAGCGACGGUGCGCUUGUCCUGGCUGUUGAGAAGGCUGCUACGAGAUCUCCUAAAGAUGUUUGGGGCGAGGAUGAUGCAGCAUCAGUGCUUGGACGAACUAUACACACUCUUUUGAAGGUCCAGCUACGAUAUCUCAAAGCUUCAACAUCAACACAACUCGUUAGCGAAUCCUGGACUAGCGAGGAGAAGGGGGCCGUGCUUGAACAUCAACUCGAUUUAUUUUCCACUCAAUCUGCCGAGACUACUCUUGCGGAGAAACUCCUAUCCACCAUCUUCAGUGAGCUUCUAUCACUAUAUGACCACGACCAGUAUCCUAUCCGCAGGCUGAGGGUUCUCGUUCGUUGUUUAUCCCUCGAAGCCGAGCAAAACGACUUCGUGAAGGGAAUCCUCGAAAAGGAGCUACAAAAUUCGGAAAUUGCAAAAAUCGAUGCUCGUGGCACAAAAGACGAGGGUCUUCAAACCUAUCUUGGUCAUUACAGGAGUCUAGCAACAACGACAAUAGAGCUUGCUCAGGAUGCACCUAAGCUGGAGAUACUUAAGCAAGGUCUCGCCACAUGGUUCUCAAUUCGGUCACACUGCCCAACUCUCGCCGAAUUCGAAAAACAGGUCGAGGAUGUUUCUGGGCUACUCGCCCACUUGAGUGUAAUUGGAGAUUACUUGCAGAUGAAGGGGCUAGAGACAGUCAGAGUUUCCGCUCUUCGAUUGAUCGCUGAGAUCAACGAAUUCGGAGACGGUGUCUCGGUUCCAGAUGACCUUGUCCUCAGUUUCACUUACUUGGGAGCACAAUGGCUUCAGCUUGGAUAUUCCGGAAAAGCUGGAUUGGCGUUCGAUCGAGCCAUGGUAUACGCCGCUCGCAAUGGCGUAACAACAUAUGCCACUCUUCAAUUACACCUCUCGCAUUGCCAAUACCUGCUAGCCAUUGGCAGCUUCGACAAAUUGGAAGAAAACCUCGCGGCUGCUCAAGCGAUGUAUGCUGAAGAGAAAGACCCUAUUCCGAGGCCAAGAUCAGUCACGCCCUUGCAGCAGAGAACCAAGAUGAACAUCUUGAUCUCUAAUGUUUAUAUGGUUUACUCUGUGUUGGCUCUUGAACGAGGCUCAGCCCAUGUAGCGCUUGGCCAUGCAAAGCAGUGUGUGAGACUCGUACGUCGUGCCUGGACUAAUGUCGAGGAACAAUCACGUCGGAAAUCGAGUACACCAGACCCUGUCCCGAAAGUUGAUGUGGAGAAGUUAACGGAAGAUGUAUCUCAGCUGAGCAUGUCGACAAUUGUUGUUCCCACAAAAUCGAUUGGAGACCAGGUUUGCUCAGGACCUGACUUCUGGGCUUUAAUCACACCUCUUUUCCGAAGCCUCAACCACCUUUCAACUAUUUUUGCUCAUCAUGGCAUGUUCCAGGAAACGAUCUACUACGCUGAACAAGCACAGAAGCUUGCUCGUGAAGUUGGAUCCGAAGCACAUCUGGCAAUGGCCACUGCCUUCCUUGGUAGCACUUGGCUGAAAGCUGGUGUUUUGGAUCGUGGUUCUGAGCUUUUGAUGGAGGCGAAGAAACUCUGCUCUAAAUUCGAUAAGAGCCGGGAUACAGCACUUCUAACUUAUCACCUGGGAAACAUGCAUGGUCUUCUUGGAGAUCGUGACGAAGAAAUCUCCGCGUAUGGAGAAGCCGAGGAGACAGUCAAGAAUAUUGGUAUGGUGGAUUACAUCAACAGUCUGGAGAGGAUUGCUACUGCCUCCGAUGCAUCGGAUGGGUUGGAGCAGAAAAUGGCUCAGUUGACAAUUAGCAAGCGAAAAGUGCCUGUGGCAAGAAAAGCUCCAGCUCGCGCGAAGGCAGCAGCACCCAAACGCAAGACGACAACCAGAGCGAAGUCUCCGAUCGAGGUAACGGCAUCGGUAGCUGAGGAGUGCCCCCAGCUUGUAUCCUUAACAUCCUUGAUUGCUCGACAAAAAGCGCGUGCUCUAGUAUUCACGAAAAAGUUUGUGGAGGCUCUUGCAAUCCUGCAAGGGCUAGAUAACGGCCACCUUUCGCAACUCGAAGCAGUCGAUCAUGGCCUUGCAAUGGCCAAACAAUUCCUUUUUCACAGCUUGGAUCAGAUGAACUCAGAUCCGGUAUACUCUGUGUUGCAGGAUUCCACGAUAUCCUUUCCAUCUGUUGCGGGUUUGGCAAAGACUGAGAAACAUGGCGACAGGCUUUCUGUAGUCAAAGUCUCGCCUCCAAGGAAAGGCGCGAGGGGAGUUAGAGAGCUUGCUGGAGCGAGAAGUCCAGUCCCGGAUAGCUUCUUCGAUAAGUUACGUCAGGCUCAGGAGCAUUUGACAGAGAUCCAAGCCAUGGCUGUUGCUGUCGCUCCGAUUUCUGUUGUGCAUACUGCAUCUGCGCUGCUAAAUAGUGUUGCAAUUCUGCUCUCAGCAGCGGGCCAGGUGAAGGGGAGGUCGCUUGCUCAUCCUGGCCUUGCAAGUUCCUCAAUAGAAAACGCGAGAACAUUGGCCCUGAGACGAGAGCGCAAGGCCAUAAGAGGAGAUCCCGCACCAUCGAAAUUGGAUGACUUGACCUGGCCAAAGCUACCGACCAGUGACUCUAGGCGCACCAGCAUCGCACACAGUUCUGACCUGUCCAAGUUCCAGCGAGAUUAUGUAGAUAUUAUUCCCAAGCCAUGGACGGUCGUAUCCAUUGCCCUCAGCGACAGUAAACAGGAGUUAUCGAUUACGAAAUUACAAGCCGGCCACAGCCCAUUUGUUCUUCGCUUACCACUCGGACGACACAACUCGAUGGACGCGGAUGAAGAGGUUUUCGGUUUCGAGCAAGGCCAUGCAGAACUUCUGGAAAUCAUCGAGAUGGCGAAUGAAAGUGCUCAUGAUGCUGUUGGGAAGACAGGGCGAGAAGCCAAGACCGCUUGGUGGGAAGAGAGAGAAAGUCUGGACUUGCGACUGAGAGAUCUUCUCGAGAACAUCGAAAAGGUGUGGCUGGGUGGCUUCACUGGAAUCUUCUCCCAGCACGCACGACGACCAGAACUGCUUGCUCGCUUCCAGAAAUCUUUCCAGAAUAUCCUUGACAGACAUCUUCCUUCUCGACGCAAGUCGGGGAGAAAGGUCGCUGGGCCACGGAUUACACUGGACUCGAGAAUCUUGGAUCUUUUCAUUGGACUAGGCGAUGCCUCAGAUGAGCAGUGCGACUUCUCGGAGCCUUUGACUGACCUCCUGUACUUCGUUGUCGAUGUCCUACAGUUCCAUGGUGAACUCAAUGCGUACGCUGAAAUCGACUUCGACUCUAUUGUGAUUGAGAUGCAUGAUGCGCUUCGUGCUUACUAUUCGGCGGUGCACGCAUCUGGCCAAGUUGAUGAAGGACGACAUACCAUAUUGAUUCUGGACAAGGCACUUCACUCCUUCCCAUGGGAAUCUCUACCCUGCAUGGACGGCCUCGCAGUAUCUCGCCUUCCAUCCCUUGGCUGCCUACGAGAACGAAUCCUCACCCAGCAAAAGGACACCGCUGCAGACGAAAACGCCCCAGAAGGUCACUAUAUCUCCCGUUCCAACGCUUCCUACAUCCUCAACCCCGGUGGUGAUCUCAAACAUACACAAUCCGUUUUCCAAAAGCCCCUCCAAUCCCUCAACCUCACCUCCAACAUCACCAACCGUGCGCCCUCCGAAGAAGAAUUCAAAGAGACCCUCGAGAGUAAAGACCUCCUCCUGUAUUUUGGUCACGGCAGCGGCGCGCAAUAUAUCCGUGCUCGCGAGAUUAAGAGGAUGGAGAAGUGUGCUGUUACAGUCCUUAUGGGAUGUAGCAGUGGCGCGUUGGUCGAGAGGGGUGAAUUCGAACCAUAUGGAACGCCGGUUAACUAUAUGCAUGCGGGAUGUCCGGCGCUGGUGGCUACGCUGUGGGAUGUUACGGAUAAGGACAUUGAUCGGUUUGCGAUGAGGACGUUUGAGUGGUGGGGGUUGUUUGAGGGGGAGGGUGGGAGUGGUGGGUCGAGUAGUGGUGUUGGUGGAAGGAAAGGGAAGGGGAAGGAGAGGGAGAGGGAUAAGAAGGCAGAGAGUAAGGAGAAAAUUGGUGGCGGGAAUGGAAGUGUGAGUCUUGUUGAGGCUGUUGCGAAGGCAAGGGGGGCGUGCCAUUUGAGGUAUUUGAAUGCGGCCGCGGUUUGUGUCUAUGGUGUUCCGGUGUAUUUUAGAUGAGUGUGGUGGGUUAUGGGUUCCUGUUGGAUUACUAGACUUGGAGUUUUAUGGGGAAUGGGGAAUGGGGAAUUGGAAAGAGAGGGAGGAGAGUUGAAUGUACACUUCUUCAUUACUGCAACUUUCAUUUCUGUUGUUGUGUAUUGUGCUUUUUCUUGGGCACCUUUCCUUCCACGCCCUGCGUAUAUCGCUGUAGCCACGGAUGUUCCCAUGUGCUUACCCCAGUGGAGGACUGAUUAACACCAAACUUCAUCUGCUCUGAUUCGAGUCACGAAAGUGAGGUUACAGGAGUGUAACGGUGUUGCUAUGUUACGCUGUUAAGCAGUCCGGCACUUGGCUCAAUCUAUUGGCUAAAACUUGGUUUCAUGCAGAGCCAAACACCUAUGUGUUGUUGAUCUUCGAAGUCUUGCUUAUCAAUUGACAACAAAUCGAUAGGAUCCUCAAGAAAUCAUUGUUUGCGCUCUUGAUGGUAAGCUAGCAUUUCGUCGUUGGGGAUUGG